GUCAGGUAAAAUCGAUAGGCGCAAGUUUAGUGUCUGACUUUGCCAAUUCUUUAUCUGGACAAUAAGGUUCCUUGAUGGAUGGAGAACUCGGGUACGCUAGAGUCUCUUCAGCAGUUGGAUUGACGGUUCAGCUGUCAAUCUCAAUCGCCGGUAGGAGCGGAGCUACCGGAACAGCAUGGAUCCAGUGAUACUGAGCUACCACGACAGUUUAAUACGACGCUCAGAUCUCUCACUCCUCAACCCACCCAACUGGCUCAAUGACCACAUCAUAGCAUUUGCCUUUGAAUACUUUGCCACUGAGCAGUACAAGGAGCUGUUGGGCAGCGCCUGCUUCAUCAGCCCUGAAGUCACUCAGUUUAUUAAGUGCAUGGCCAGCCAGCAGGAGCUGGCUAUCUUCCUGGAGCCACUAGCACUGGCUGAGAAAAGCUUGGUCUUCCUUGCAGUCAAUGACAACUCUGUGCAGGCAGCUGGCGGGUCUCACUGGAGCUUGCUGUUCUACAACAGAGAUGGGAACUGCUUCAGCCACUAUGAUUCCUGCAGCAAUAUGAAUGCAAGCCAUGCCCGACAGAUAGCGAAGAAGCUGCAACACUUCCUGGGAACCAAAUCUGAAGUGCCUUUCGUCGAGGAGCCAGCGCCGGUCCAGAAGAACAGCUACGAUUGUGGGAUGUAUGUGAUGUGCAAUACAGAGGCUCUUUGCGAGCAGUACCUCAGGAGGGACCGCAGGCCACCAAUGAUGGUCGUCACCCCAACCUACAUCACCCAGAAGAGAGCCAACUGGAAAAAAUUGAUCGAACAGUUGUCAAAGAAAUGAUUACUCCUUUGAGUCUUUCUUGAGUAAAUCUGUACCUUCAUUUCUGGGUGAGUUAGCUGGCUGUGUUGAGAUAGACCUUUAUUUUUUUUAAAAAGGAAUCACCUUUGCACAGUUGGCUACUUUCCCAGGCUGGGGGAUAAGGGCUGAGUGUGCUUUGCAUGUUGUGAGACAUGUCACCUGUAAGGAUGCUAGGGAAUCUUGUUCUCCCUUGCCUCCCAUUUUCCCCAGGGCUUUUUUGUUAAUACAGCAUGGAAAUAUGUUGAUGGAAAUACUUACUAUGAUGCACUGACCUUCUAGAACAUGCUGGAAGCAUGAUGCCUUACACAAAACCAUUUGGUCCAAGUCUUCUAUGCUGUUUGGUGCAUUGUGGGAGGAGGAGGUUGGAACUAACAGCAGUAUAUUCGCUACAGUACAUUUUAAACGAGUAUCCCGCUAUUUGACAACGCUAUGGUGCUGUGCAUCUCUUACAUUCACCUGUGACUGAAUUAUACUCAAAUGAAAUUAAUCUGACUUGUUCUGUUCUUGCUGUUUCCUUAUGUUUUAUUUGAAUCUGAAAACUUUGUAUGACUGAACACCAGAAUAGAAACUGAGUUAACAAAAGCCUUGUAUUGCAAUAAUCAUUUUAUUCUUGAAAUAAUCUCCCUACUUAGUCAUCUCCUGCUUUUACUCAUUCCUUCCCAGGGCUUAAAACCUAUGGAACUUUUCAUUUCCCUCAGUCUUCCAAACCUCUCUCAGUCCACAGGCUUUUAAAACCCUAAACCUGGUGUCAUUUGGUUAUUUCCUGGUUUACCAAAUUUUCUCACUACUUUUCUCAGUGUUGGUGGUGUCCUGCCCCAUGGGGCUUGGCCCUUCCCUUUCCCCUCUCACUGAGUUUCUCAGUAAAAUUCUUUCCAUUUUUUGCUCAUGUGAAAUUUGGGCCAACAUUGUGAUUCAUUAAGCAGCGUCUGCAACACCUGAUACACUUUCUUAGAUUGCCUCACUUCCUCCUUGGAAUCUUUGAAACUGUGUUAUCCACUUGAUUUUCCUGAACAGGCUUUUUUCCUCUCUUCUGAAGUUGUCUCUUCUUGAUUAUGAUAUUAAGCAGCAGCAGGCAUUCAUAACCUUAUCUGGAUGUCCACUAUUCUUGAUUAAGCCCAGACUAUAAAUGUUAAUCCUAAAGGCAUCACUGCUGAGUCCAAUCCAGGUCUCUCACCCACUUUCCUGAAGGCAUUGAUGCAUAAUGAGCCAGGAGUAAGAACUCUUGCUGAUUAUAUCCUUUCUAUAACUUGGAGACACUAAGGUUGAUUAUAUUGCCUCUUCUGCCAUUCUAGCUUAGUUCAGGUAGCUCAGUAAUGAGUGGAAAUUAGCUGAGUAUGGUAAUUACGGCCUGGAUUUUCAUCCUCGAAGCGGGGAGAGGGGGUCAGGAAUAGUCCUGACUUUGCCUGCCUGCCUCGGGAGCAAAUGCCCACUAAGGCAGGAUCUUCAUUGCUGGGGGCUGGGUGAGAGCUGGAGUUGGGCCAGCCAGCCCCAGAAGAAGUGCAGAAGCAACCACAGGGGCUGCCGGUUGCCAAGGUGGCUGCCUCAGUGCCUUGGGACUUUGUCCCAGUGACAAGAAAACACAAAGGCCCUCCAGCCCUCAUCUCUCACACCUCUUCACCCUCCAAACACUCCCCAUGCACCUCAUGCCCCACAACCAUACCCUUAAGCCCCUCAUGCCCUCUAUGCCAGGUUCUGCCAAUUCCCCCCCCAACCUUAUAGGAGUGGUGAACCCUAAUGUGCAUGAGAGAACCUUUUAAAAGGUAACUUCAAAAGGUCCACCUCAUACCUCCUAUGCCAAGUUACAUCCCCCAUCCACCUCCUCAGGCCCCCCCGUGCCUGAUUCUGACCCCAUUCACGCCCUCAGACCCCUUAUGCCAAGCUCUGGCACUUCCAUACCCAUUGACCGACUGAACACUUUCUUAAACCAAUGAACAUCACUGUAAAGGGGGAUUUGUAAAAGAGACUUUAAAAAAAAUGUACUCCGUUGAUAAGUUUCUUCUUUUGAAACAAGUUCUGGAGUGAAAGCUAAUAAAAAGUGUCAAUGAUCUCGGCCCUUUGGAGCUUCAAAAACCACAAAGGAGGGCAGAGUCUGGCACAAGGGGCA